UUAUGUUUACAAGGAAAAAGUAACCCAAUCACAUGUUUUUACACUAGAGCACUUGUUAUAGAAUUUAUUACUGAAAAAUUUGUUCAUUUUUUAACAAAGUUUGUAAUUGAAAAAACGCUAAUAUUAUGCUUAUUGGGCUGAAAUUUCUCCAUAUCUUUCAAUGCCUGAGGCUUUUACAGGCCUUAAAACACAGCCUUAUUUUUCGUGUACUUAUACUGAUAUGUCUGACAUGUUAUUACCGUUUUACUUAUUCGCUACAUUCGCGGAAAUAUUAAUGUAAAAAUGUCCAUGACAAACGAACCUUUCAGGUGUAGUGCUCAACACUGACCACUAGAUGUCAGUUAUUCAAUUAUGUGUGAAACAUGGGUAUUGUGACCACUAGGUGGUAGCUCUCCACCAGGAUUUCCUCCUCCCAGGUCGUCGAAACAACAAACCGAACUACGGAGCAAGCGGGGUGAGAGAACGUCCGAAACCGCCUCUGACCGCGACUUUUAAACUCUUUUGGCGAAUUGCGGUGAUAUCCAGACGAAGCCUGUACAAGUAUAAUAAAAGUUGCAAUUGGGCAGGGAUUACAUUUCACAACAAGGUCACAUGCAACCUCCCCCAUCCCCUGUUUUCUGAAGAGCAAAAGCCAGUCUUAAGUUGAACUUAUUCAGAAGAUGUUUCAAAAAUGAUAGCAGCACCAGAAAUACCAACGGAGUUCUCAUAUCCUCAGGAUACAGAUACUCGAUUCUCUUCAGACACAGACUUCUCUGAAGAUCCUGAUGGCAGAGUUACUAACUCAACUAAAGGAAAGGGGGGUAAGAAAGCAAAGAAGGCAGUGGGGGAGAAAGGCAAAGGAGGAAAGGGAGCAGGUCGAUUAAAUGGGCAUCAUCAGGAGAAUGGCAUGGAAAACAUGAUGCUUUUUGAAGUGGUUCGGCUGGGCAGGAGUGCAAUGCAGUCUGUCGUGGACGACUGGAUUGAGUCAUACAAACAUGAUAGAGAUGUUGCUCUUCUAGACCUCAUCAAUUUCUUCAUUCAGUGCUCAGGAUGUAAAGGUGUGGUCAGUGGAGAAAUGUUUCGCAACAUGCAGAAUUCUGAAAUCAUUCGACGAAUGACAGAAGAAUUUGAUGAGGACAGUGGUGACUACCCUCUAACCAUAGCUGGCCCCCAGUGGAAGAAGUUUAAAUCAAGCUUCUGUGAAUUCAUUGCCGUGCUUGUGCGACAGUGUCAGUACAGUAUCAUCUACGAUGAGUACAUGAUGGACACAGUCAUCUCUCUCCUCACCGGACUGUCAGACUCCCAAGUCCGCGCCUUCCGUCACACAUCAACACUGGCAGCCAUGAAGCUAAUGACAGCCUUGGUGAAUGUAGCACUCAACCUGAGCAUCAAUAUGGACAACACCCAGCGCCAGUAUGAGUCGGAGAGAAAUAAAGCGGUCCCCAAAAGAGCCAACGACAGGUUAGAGUUGCUGCUGCAGAAACGAAAAGAGCUGCAAGAAAAUCAGGAUGAAAUUGAAAACAUGAUGAAUGCAAUAUUCAAAGGAGUGUUUGUUCACAGAUAUCGCGAUUCAAUAGCGGAAAUCAGGGCGAUCUGUAUAGAAGAGAUCGGUGUAUGGAUGAAACUCUACAGUGAUGCCUUCCUCAACGACAGCUAUCUCAAGUAUGUGGGUUGGACGAUGCAUGAUAAGCAAGGAGAAGUUCGUCUUAAGUGUCUGACAGCAUUGCAAGGCCUCUACCACAACAGAGAGCUCAAUGCAAGACUGGAGCUUUUCACCAGCCGCUUUAAGGACCGAAUCGUCUCCAUGACUCUUGACAAAGAGUAUGAUGUUGCUGUACAGGCAAUUAAGCUGCUCACUCUAGUCUUGAAUAGUACAGAAGAAGUUUUGACACCUGAAGAUUGUGAGAGCGUCUAUCACUUGGUCUACUCUGCACACAGGCCGGUUGCAAUUGCAGCUGGCGAAUUUCUAUUUAAAAAAUUAUUCAGCCAACGGGAGCCAGAGGAGGAAGGUGCCCCCAAGAGAAGAGGCAGGCAAAGUCCAAAUGCCAACCUCAUAAAGACCACUGUCUUUUUCUUCCUGGAGAGUGAGCUCCAUGAACAUGCAGCCUACCUAGUGGACUCUCUCUGGGAAUGCGGUGCAGAGCUACUGAAGGACUGGGAGUGUAUGAUUAGCCUACUCUUAGAUGAACCUCUGCCAGGAGAAGAAGCUCUUACCGACAGACAGGAGACAGCCCUAAUAGAGAUCAUGCUGUGCACAGUUCGCCAGGCAGCUGAAUGCCACCCACCAGUCGGAAGAGGCACAGGGAAGAGAGUGAUGACGGCUAAAGAGAAGAAAACUCAGUUGGAUGAUCGAACAAGGAUGACAGAGCUGUUUGCCGUAGCUUUGCCCCCUCUACUGGCCAAGUAUGCUGUGGAUUCUGAGAAAGUGACAAAUUUACUGCAGCUGCCUCAGUUCUUUGACCUGGAGAUUUAUACUACAGGGCGUCUGGAGAAGCACCUGGAAUCCCUGCUGCGUCAGAUCAAGGAGAUUGUGGAGAAGCACACAGACACUGAAGUUUUGGAAACCUGUUCCAAGACUUACCACGCACUCUGCAAUGAGGAGUUCACAAUCUUUAACAGGGUGGAUAUUGCUCGUUCCCAGCUGCUGGACGAGCUUGUUGACAAAUUUAACAGGCUACUGGAGGAUUUUCUACAAGAGGGGGAAGAUGCGGAUGAGGAUGAUGCAUAUCAGGUUUUGUCAACGCUAAAAAGGAUCACAGCAUUUCACAAUGCUCAUGACCUAUCAGGGUGGGAUCUUUUUACCAGUAACUUCAAGCUACUUAACACGGGCAUUGAAAAUGGCGAUAUGCCUGAGCAGAUAGUAAUCCACUCGCUGCAGUGUACCCACUAUGUGAUUUUAUGGCACCUGGCCAAGAUAUCAGAGGGCAGCUCCCGGAAGGAUGACAUGAUGACACUGAGGAAGCAGAUGAGGGCGUUCUGUAUGAUGUGUCAGCGCUACCUCACCAAUGUCAACACUUCUGUCAAAGAACAGGCCUUCACAAUCCUGUGUGAUCUACUGCUCAUCUUCAGCCACCAGAUGGUGUCUGGGGGCAGAGAACACCUGGAGCCUCUUGUCUAUUCUCCGGAGGAUUCCCUGCAGUCCGAGCUCCUCGCCUUCAUCCUAAACCACGUCUUCAUAGAUCAGGAUGAUGACUCAAACAGUACAGAUGGACAACAGGAUGAUGAAGCUGUGAAGAUUGAAGCUUUACACAAAAGAAGAAACCUGUUGGCUGCCUACUGUAAACUCAUCAUCUACUGUGUGGUGGAGAUGAGUACAGGCGCUGACAUCUUUAAACAGUACAUGCGGUAUUAUAAUGAUUAUGGUGACAUCAUCAAGGAGACUAUGAGUAAGACCCGGCAAAUAGACAAGAUUCAAUGUGCCAAGACGCUCAUCCUCAGUCUGCAGCAGCUCUUCAAUGAAAUGCUGUCUGACCUUGGUCACGGGUUCGAUCGUUCCUCCUCUGCAUUCUGUGGAAUCAAAGAGCUGGCUCGGCGUUUUUCACUAACCUUUGGUCUCGACCAAGUCAAAACUAGAGAUGCCAUCGCCAUGCUCCACAAGGAUGGUAUAGAGUUUGCAUUUAAGGACCCCAGUCCCCAGGGAGAAGGUGGCCCUCCCCUCAACCUGGCUUUCUUAGACAUCCUCAGCGAGUUCUCCUCCAAACUAAUGAGACAAGACAAGAGGACUGUACACAUGUACCUAGAGCGCUUCAUGACUUUCCAGAUGGCUCUGCAGCGAGAGGACUGCUGGCUCCCCCUCAUCUCCUACAGGAAUUCUCUGCAGGCUGGAGGAGAUGAUGACACCAUGUCAGUGAUGAGUGGGUACUCCAGCAGAGGCUCCUCCAUUCGCUCGAAGAAGACCAAGCCUCCUGCUGCAACUGCCGGAACGUCAGCAGCUAAGAGGAAGCUACCAGAAGAGGAGAGCAGCAGUGAGGUAUGGCAGCAAGGAAUACAGACCCCUAUCAUGAUGCCAUCUCCCCACCUCACCUCCACAGCCAUGCGAGACCCUAAGAGGGGUCGGGAUGACAGCUUUAUGUCAGUCUACCCCAUCCCUCAUGACCAGCAGCAGCCACACCAACAUUCACAGCAUCAUCCACAGACACCGCAGCAUCACCAGACACCCAUGGAUUACAAGUAGGUAACCUGUCGUGGUGUUGAAGUCGGGGUUUAAUUCAGAGCAUAUUC